AUGCAAGAUUCCUCCAACUCAGAUGUUGCAGCAUUUCCCUUUCGAAGCUCUACUCACAGGCGGGCUCACUCAGAGGUUCCAUUUCGGGUGGCGGAUUACUUGGAUCUGAUUCCUGAUGAGUUGAUAUCUGAAGAAGACCUCUUUCGCUCUUAUAUGGACAUGGAGAAACUUGGAUCCAAACAUGAAGAAGGACCCUCUGGGCUGAAACAGGACAAUGUGGGUCAGGAAUCAGCUAGUGGUGGUGGUGGGGUUCAAGAUGUGGAAGAAGAGGAAGAGAAAGCAAAUGUGAAGCCACGACAUAAGUAUAGCAAUUCAGCUGAUGGGUCUUCUUUAAUGGAAUCAAUUGAUUCUAAGAAAGCUAUGGCUCCUGAAAAGCUCGCCGAGUUGUGGGCUCUUGAUCCUAAACGAGCGAAAAGAAUUAUGGCCAAUCGGCAGUCUGCUGCUCGGUCGAAAGAGAGGAAAGCCCGAUAUGUAUCAGAACUUGAAAGAAAAGUGCAUACCCUUCAGACAGAGGCAACUACACUUUCUGCACAACUUACACUAUUCCAGAGGGAUACAUCAAGUCUGACUACUGAGAACUCAGAGCUUAAGCUUCGGUUACAAGCUAUGGAACAACAAGCUCAAUUACGUGACGCUCUGAAUGAAGCACUAAAGAAGGAAGUGGAGAGACUCAAGUUUGCCACUGGAGAAACAAUAACACCAACAGAUAGCUAUAAUUUGGGAAUGCAGCAUAUUCCAUAUAACAAUUCCCCCUUGGUUUCACCUAAGCCACAACCUGGGUCAGUUGAUGCCGUAAACGUACAAAUCCCACAGUGUCAUCCUCUGUAUUUUAACUUGUCAACUCAUCAGCGAGCUGUUUCUGCAUCACAUUCCCAUGCCUUGUCGGAUAUUUUGCCACAGGAUCCUCUCAGACGGCUGCAGGGGCUUGAUAUCAGCAGCAGAAGCUCUGUUCUGGUUAGAUCUGAAUGCCCCUCAUUUUCCGCCAGUGAAGAUAGCAGUCUUUGA